AACGCGACCCGCACGUGCAUCUCAUGUUCGGCUGCUCGGCGUCAUCGCCCUGCUGUUAGCAAGUUUUUCAAAAAGCUUCUCCCAUAAACCACUGACAAUGUGCACGUUGUAGGUUGACAGCUUAUGGAGAGAGAUACGUCUACGACGUCUCCGAUGCCAGCACAUUUGGCGCAGACAGUAUGCCCGCGAAGCAUCCUUCCAGCGCUGAACCCAACAUGUAAAGGUAUAUUCGGCAAUGGACAGAUCCUGAAACGCAGUUGGAAGACAAUUGUCGAUCCGUGGCUAUUACACGGCCGUCUGGAAGCCGUGCCUCUCGCUUGUGGAUGACCAAAAUGCAGCUGCUCGCUGCACCACUGCUGCUGACCGCCUUCCUGGCCACCGUCGCCAGCUCUGCCGCGCUCGACAUCGACGGCGACGAUGAGCUGAACUGGGGUCUUCCGGCGCACGUCUUUUACCAUCUCGGACAGUAUGGUCCUCGAUUUGCUGUCGACAGCCAGAUCGAGCCAGCAGUUGCGCCGCCAUUGGGCUGUCACGUCGUCUUUGUCAACUCGCUCGAAAGGCACGGCGUGAGACAUUUCACCUCAGGAGCAUACAAGCGCACUGUUGCCUCCAUUAGCAAGCUCCACACUGCCCUUCAAGGGUUCAAGGAUUCUGAGCUGGCAGACCCUGCUCUCGGCUUCUUCCGCAACUUGACCGUCUCGAGCACGACCGAUUCACUGGUUCCCUAUGGUGCAUUGCAAGCGUACUAUUCUGGACGCUCGACUCGUGAAGUUUAUCGAAAGCAGAGCCACCUCUUACCUUUUAUUCGAGCAUCGGGAGACGAGUCUCUGGGUAAUGACAGAGUGAUCGUGACGGCCAAGUACUGGCGUCUUGGUUUCUCUGGUGCCAACUUUCCAUCGGGCUCUUUCACUAGGUCGCAACAGAUUCGCCAAGCUCCAGGCUUGCAAAAGCCUGAUAUUGUCUUCUCCGAGCGGUCGGGGCAGAACAAUACACUCGAUGUCAAAACCUGUACCAAUGCUGGGCAUUUGUCCCCAGACCUAGAGGAUGCCGCGCAAGAGGCAUAUGGCGAAUCCACGAUCUCACCUGUGAUCGGAAGGCGCCUUGCAAGCCGCCUGGCGCCGGCUAAGGUGGAUCUCACGUAUGCGGACAUCAUGCACAUCAUGGGCUUGUGCUCGUUCAAGACGCUCAGCAACGCCAAUAUCACAAACGGCAAGCUGCAGCUAACCGUCAGCCCUGUCUGCGGUGCUUUCAACGCUACCGAGUGGAAAAUCUACGGUUAUGCUAACAGCGUUGGCAAGUAUGCCGGUGCGGGCUAUGGCAACCCUUACUAUAAGGCGCUCGGACAAGGCUUCUUGAGGGAACUGUACGCGCGCCUGGACGGUACGGCACCACCGCUCUCUGAUCCUACUUCGCUGAACUCGACCCUCGGCGGCCAAGUCUCCACAUUUCCGCUCCCUUCGUCAAAAGGGCAUCUAAUCUACUUUGACGGUUCGCACGAUAACAAUAUUGGGCCCAUCGCCGCCGCCUUCGGCCUCUUCGACGGGCCAGCCUUGACGACGGGAGCGCACGCCGAGCGCAACACACACGCGUGGGAUUUCGCGCGCAUCGCACCACUGCAGGGCAAGAUCGUCUUCGAGAAGCUCAUCUGCGCUGCGCCUCCGACGAGGCGUACGCUCGGUAGCCGCCGCCGGCAGCGCUCCCAGACGGCAUUGGCGGUGGUUGACGCGGCAGGCACCCGCAACCAGCAAGCUUACGUCCGCGUGCGUGCGAAUGCUGCUGUUCAGAACCCAGAGGGCGCGCCAUGGUGCCCCACGUCUCGCCGCCAUCCCAACACGGACGACAUGGACUACCUGCAACAAGGGCUGUGUCCGCUGGAGUGGGUCCUGGAAGCGCUUUCGUGGGUCAACACGGAAGAUGAAUGGGCUAAGUGCUUCACUUGAUGAGAUGCGGUCCUAAGAAGUAUUAUAGCAGUUGGUAUCUAGAGCAUGAUCUACGUGUAUUGCCCUGCUAGGCCUUGCGCGCUCUUCGCACAGUCACCUGUGAUGGCGCCUGCGGCGGUCUUGAAAUAGCCGGCAGCCUGUACCACACCAAACGCAGGAAAAAUCAGCGCGUUACUCGUGCAACAAUUGAACAGCAUCAUGGACGGCAAGUAUUCGAUUGUUCCAGAAAAGAUGGACCAUGUCCUGGGCGGCAUUCGCGUGCCGCUGUGCUUUCAGUGCUUUGUACUGCACAUCUUGUGCCUUUGGCGCGGUCGCCGGCACGAGACUCUAAUAAUAUUCAGUCUGCAGUGAUGUAUGCUUUUGU